UCUACUAAAAGGCUGAAAACAAGAAAGGAACACCAUGGCGAAUGAAUCCAUAGCAGUCCUACUGACGGAGAGAAACGCGGAGAAAAUGUUCCCUAAUACCGUGAUCCACUUGAUUGAGGGUGGAGUUGGAGUAUUCGGAAACAUCGUUGUUCUUAUAAUGUACACGAAAUAUAUCGCCGAUAAGAGCGGUUCGAGGUACUUUAUUCCUAUUCUGGCUCUUGUGGACCUUUUUGGAUGUCUGUCAAACGUGAUCGAAUAUCACCUGGACAACACAAUGAUGUACACCUACCCAAGCGUUGCUCUGUGCAAAAUUUUACUGUUUCUUAUGAUUUUGACUGCGGGAUUUUCAGCUCAUCUGAUUUUCUCAAUUGCCCUGCAGCGGUAUCUGAUGAUUUGCCGCCCUCUGGGUCCACAAAUGACCAAAAGGUUCUGCAGAAUAGCCAUAGUGGUCAUCUUCGGUGUUUCAUUUGGAUAUUCGGCCCCUGUGUUAAAGUUCGCAAAUUUAUAUGAAAGAAUGACAAAAUUCAAUUCAGGAAAUUCCUCUCGUUACAUCACCUUAUUGUAUUGCCAUUUUGACGACAAGAGAGAAUCAAGUGUGAUGGUUCCAUAUUUCGGAACCCUUCUAUUUCUUACGUUCAUUAAUAUAAUAGCGACUUCCGGUUUAUACAUUCCUGUGACCAGAGCUAUAUAUCGAACACUCUUGACUUCCAAUGUUCAGGGCAAAGAACAUGGGAACAAACCUGCAACCAGCCAUAGAGCUGAACAAACUGCCACCCAGGAAACCAGUCGAAAACAGAAAGCGCGCAAAAAAAUCAGUGUCAUGUUUCUGGUGAUUAUUAUUGUGUACGUAGUUUCGUACAUGACGUCGCUAGUCACACAGAUCCACACUUUCGUAAAUCCUAUGUAUUUGACAGGAUUCCGACUCAACAUAUAUUACUUCUUUCUACGCUACAAUUUGCUUAACCAUAUCGCUAACCCGUAUAUCUACUGGUUCUACGACACCAAGUUUCGGAAGGAAUUACGUAGAUUGUGCUGUGGAAGAUUCCAUUAG